UCGUUUAUUUAGAAGAUGUACCUUUAUUAAGAUGACUAUCUUUUAUAAAGAAAUUCCUGAGAACAUGGAGCACGAACCAAUGGAUGGUAUCACUAUUGAGGAUAUGGAUGAAAGUAGCAAUGAUAGCGAUGAAGAAGAUUCCAUAGACAAUGGAGAUAUCGAAGAAGAAGAAGAAGAAGAGGGUCAGGACAAUAAACCCUCAGUGUAUCUUCCUGGACAACCUUUAGAAAGUGGAGAGGAAUUAGUUGUUGAUAAAACAGCAUACCAAAUGUUACAUCAUGCACAAUCUGGUGCACCUUGUCUUAGUUUUGAUGUAAUUUUGGAUAAUCUAGGUAGUAACAGAGAAGAUUAUCCUUUAACUAUGUACCUUGUUGCUGGAACACAAGCUGCCAGGGCACAUGUAAAUAAUCUUCUUGUUAUGAAAAUGAAAAAUCUUCAUGCUGCUAAUGAAGAUUCUGAAGACGAAUCUGAUGAUAAUGAAUCAGACAGUGAAGAUAACAAAUCUCCAGUAAUGUCUAUUGCACCAAUAAGACAUCAGGGUUGUGUUAAUAGAGUAAGGUAUACAAAAAUUGAUCAAACACCUUUAGCAGCAAGCUGGAGCGAAUUAGGUCGUGUACACAUUUGGAGUUUAAAGGAACAAUUAGAAGUACUUGAAAACGAGGAGCAGCUUCAUGCAUAUCGUAAAAAGAGUGAAAAGAAUGAUAGUGGCAUUAAGCCAUUAUUUACUUUUAAAGGGCAUCUUGCCGAGGGAUAUGGCCUCGAUUGGUGUUCAACGGAUACAGGUACCAUAGCGUCCGGUGAUUGUAAAGGAAAUAUUCAUAUAUGGCGCAUUGGUGACAAUAAUGGUUGUGCAACAUGGCACGUGGAUCAGAGACCCUAUAGUUCGCAUGCGCCAUCCAGUGUUGAAGAUCUUCAGUGGUCUCCUAAUGAAAAACAUGUAUUGGCUUCGUGUUCUGUUGAUAAGAGCAUUAAAAUCUGGGACACAAGAGUAAGUCCACAAUCUGCCUGUAUGUUAACAGCAAGUGGCACUCAUACUGCAGACAUUAAUGUUAUCUCAUGGAAUCAUAAAGAAAGUCAAUUUCUUGUAUCUGGCGGUGACGAUGGUUUGAUUUGUGUAUGGGACUUGCGCCAAUUUGGUCCUAAUGCGAGGCCAUUGGCUAUGUUUAAGCAACAUACUGCACCUGUCACGACAGUAGAGUGGCAUCCUCAGGAAGCCACAGUUUUUGCUUCCGGCGGGGCUGACGACCAAAUCGCGGAGUGGGAUUUAUCAGUAGAAGCUGAUCAGUCGGAAGAAGUGGAAAGUAGUGAGCUGAAAGAUUUACCUCCACAGUUGUUGUUUAUACAUCAAGGUCAAACAGACAUUAAAGAACUACAUUGGCAUCCUCAAUGUCCCGGUGUUAUAAUAUCAACAGCUCAUUCGGGAUUUAACAUAUUCCGUACAAUUAGUGUAUGAAAAAGUUUACCUCUUUCGUAA